AUGGUGCUCUUCAUCUUGGCUUUGACCUUGGUGACUGCAGCCACGGCCAAGGACAAGGAUAAGAUCACUGCGGGCGAGGGCUGCAAGGAGGACGGGCAUCCAUACCAGGCGGCUCUGUACCGGGGCGGGGGGCUGCUUUGUGGCGGCGUCCUCAUCCACCCCGGCUGGGUCCUCACCGCUGCCCAUUGCCGAAAACCGCAGCUGCAAGUCCUCCUGGGCAAACACAACCUGCACAGACAGGAGGGCUCCCAACAGCUGAGCCCGGUAGCCCAGCCCUUCCCUCACCCGGCCUAUGACCACGGGCGCCAUGACAACGACAUCAUGCUGCUGCGCCUGGCCCACCCUACCCCCAUGUCCCGCCGCAUCAAGCCCCUGCCCCUGGAGACCGACUGCAAUGCCAACAGCUCCAGUUGCCUCGUUUCUGGGUGGGGCAAGACCGACGGAAAGGGGGUCUACCCUGACACACUCCAAUGUGCCUCAAUCCACCUGGUCUCCCAUGAGGCCUGUGAGCGCGCUUACCCAGGCCAGAUCACGGACAACAUGGUUUGUGCUGGCGAGCACGACGGAGGGAAGGACUCAUGUCAGGGUGACUCAGGAGGCCCGCUAGUCUGCGGGGGGCGACUCCGCGGGCUCGUGUCGUGGGGCGAGGUUCCGUGCGGGACGGGGGAGAAGCCGGGGGUCUACACGAACGUCUGCCGCUAUGUGGACUGGAUCCGGAAAACGAUCCGUGACAACUGA